GGACAGACCAAAUAGAGUUGAAGUGUUUCAGUAGCGACUUACACGAUGGUGAAAAAGGUUUAAUCAUCAAGCGCUUCUCAAUCGGAAGUCUGCAGCAUAGUCCUUUUCUAUAGAUAUCACACCCUCGGGAUGGACCUUCUCAAUCUGAGGGGUGAUCUACACAUGGCUAACCCUCAUGCAUGUAUACAUCCUCUCCACCACAUGCAAGAGGACUGCUUGUUGUCCAAUGUACUGCAGUCCUGCUGUGUUGCCAAAUGGAUUCUUCAUCAGCUGGAUUUUUAACAUGCUACUGAAUAUAGGCUGGCUCCUUCUGUGGGACAGAGAGGUGAUCAUUGCUUCAUUGAUUUUCCUUGCCUUAAUCGCCUUCACAAACUACUUGGUUAUAUUUUUUUCCUGCUAUGGCCUCAAAGAAUAUGAAGCCUGGUUAAACAAAUAUCACAAAGUAGACCUCUGGUGCAUGCGAAUGCUGAAUGCCAUUGCAACAUACACCACAUGGACAGCUGUUGCCACCCUGAUCAACUUCACUAUUGUGCUAAAUUAUGAUGCGGGAAUGACCAGAUCAGAUGCAGGAACCGUUUCUCUCUCAAUUCUUUUGGGUGAAGUCAGUGCUUGGUUUAUUGCUGAGAACUUUGUGUUUGAAAAGCACCUGCGAUACAUUCUGACAGUCUACCCUGUCCUCAUUGUGGAUCUGAGCAGAAACAUGACAAAAAACUUUGACACUGCAGAUCCAAGCAGCAAUGGCAUUUUCUUAGGUGACGCGUGUUCGAGUCCCGGCUCGUGAGUUCCUUUCCUGAUCCCAUUCCCACUAUUCUCACCUGUCAUUUCCUGUCUCCUCUCCACUAACUCUGUCAAAAAAAAAAAAAACACCACACUUUAACAUAAUUUGAAAAAAAUAAAUAAAAUACACAACCAAUAUAAAAAAGUGAUGUUUACGUUAAAAAACAUUUUUUACAUUCAGCAAUAAAAUCAUAAAGCUCACAUGGGUCACAAGGCAUAGCAAUCAGAGAAUAUGUGUACAUGGGAGGGCAAGGUCAUAGUUUGAGAGGGGAAGUCAAGAGGGUGAGUUUGUAAGGAGUGCUGAGUCCUAACUAAAUGUAACUAUAGUGUUAAUAGAGUGCGAGAGUACUUCCUAGAGUGACUGUCCAUCUAUUUACUGUUUAUCAAUUUGUUUAAGCAGUAUUUUCUGUAUU